ACUGCACAAACCUCGAGGAGUUCCUCACCACUUAGGCUAUCAUCAUCCGCAUUCACUUGGAUCAUCAUCCAUCAUCCAGAUCCAUAAACUGAAUCUGCUGUGUUAGCAUAGCAAACUCGCUACAACCUUGGUUUCCCUCGCUGAUCCCAUUACCAGGCUGAUGCUCUGACUAAAUUGUGCUACGUCUCUGCUCGCCGGUGAAGGCUCCACCGUGCGUGCAUCAGUAUAUUCGUCGUUAAAAUUCUCAGUUCUGUCGCCACGCGAUGGCGAGGCGAUUCGGCGAGUACCAUCACCAGCAGCAGCAGCAGCAGGCUGGUCGGCGGACUCUGGCGGCAUUCUGCUUCGCCUUCGUCCUUUUUGUGAUCGUCGCGGCUUACCUCUUCAGUGGAUUCAAGCCGGCACCGAUCCCCACCGCUUCAGUGAACGAGGAUCAGGAUCGGGCUGGCGACGGGCUUGGAGGCCCCAAUGUGUCGGAUGCAGCGGGGGAGGAGCCGGAGGAGCAGGAGAUUCGGGAUUCAAACAAGCUGAGCCUUAAGCUGCCUCCAGUGAAGGACGCCGGGGAGCCGUCUGACUCCGACAUGGAGCCGCCACGGGGAGCCGGGGACGAGGAGGAGAGCAGCGAAUCAGCCGCGCAGAAGGGGCUCCUGCGCGAGGGCGGGGGAAAGGCGCGCGCGCAGGCGGAGAGGGAGAGCGACGCGAAGGACGCUGCUGCGCAGGGCGGGGAUGCGCAAGGGGGGGAUGGUCAGGAGGAGGAAGGCCUGCUGCACAGCCGAUCUGGUGCUGCUGCUGCGGCGGCGGCGGCGGCUGCUGACGCGGCUGCUGCUGCUGAUGCUGAUGGUGAUGGCGUUGGGGAUGCUGGAGGGGUGGGGAAUGCGAAGGACGGGGAGGAGGAGGAGAAGGGCGAGAAGGGAGAUGAGGACAAGGGUGCGGCGGAGAAGGAGAAGGAAGGCGAGGAGGAACGGAAGGGGUCUGAUGCGGAGGAGAAGGAUGAGGGUGAUGCAGACGGAGAGGGGGAUGAAGAGAAGGGUGCAAGUGGGAAGAAGGGCAAAACGGAGGAGGCGGAGGAAGGGGAGGAGGAAGAGGGCGGCAGUAAGAAGGCUUCAAAGGCGAAGGAGGAGGAGGAGGAGGAGGAAGAGGGUAGUGUGAAGAAGGGGGUGAAGGGUAAGGGGGAAGAGGAAGAGGAGGGCGAGGAAGAGGAGGGGAGUAAGUCAAAGAAGGGUAAGGGGAAAGAGGAGGAGGAGGGUGGUGAGGAAGAGGAAGAAGGGAGCAGCGGAGGCAAGAAGGGGAAGAGCAAAGGCGAGGAGGGUGAGGAAGAGGAGGAAGAGAGUUCCAUGAAAUCGAAAAGGGUGAAAAAGAGCGAAGAGGAAGAGGAGGCGACUGAUGAGGGAAAGGGAGGGAAGGGUGAUGAGAGCGAGGAAGAUGACGAGAAGCCGAAAAGCAAGGUAUCGAAGAAGGUGAAAGCAAGUGAGGGAGAGGGAGAGGAGGAGGAGAAGGGGGCAGAAAAUGAAGAGGAGGAGGAGGGGAGUGUGAGCAGCAAAGGAGGAAAGAAGAAGGCAGCAGCGAAGGAGAGUGAGGAUACUGAAGAGGAGGGUGAGAAGAAGAGUGAGGAAGGGGAGGAGGAGGGGGAUGAGAAGCCGAGCAAGAAGGUGAAAGGAGCGAAGAAGACGAGCAAGGAGGAGGGGGAGGAGGGGGAAGAGGAUGCGAGUGAUGCGAAGGGGGAGAAGGAAGAGGAGGUGGAGAGCACUGCAGAUGCGGAGGUUGAAGAGGAUUCUGAGGCGCUAGAAGCGGGGAAGGGUGGGGUGAAGGGUGGGGUGCAGGGUACGAAGGGGAAGAAGAAGGCUGGGAAGGGGGAGGCAGAGGAGGAGGAGGAAGGAGGGAAGAGUGAGGAUGGUGGGAAGGAGAGUGGGGAGGGGGAGGAGGAGGAGGAGGGAGGGACGGUAAAGAGGAAAGUGAAGAAGAGUGUUAAGGAUGACGAGGAAGCUAGUGAGGGGGGGGAGGAGGAGGGGGAGAGUGGAGGUGGGAAGAAGCUGAAGGCGAAGAAAGGAGGCAAGAAGGGAGGGGAUGGGGAGGAGGGAGAGGAGGAAGGGUCGGAGGAGGGAGGAGAGGAGAGUGCGGGGGAGGAGGGGAAGGGCAGCAAGAAGAGUGGGAAGCUGAGCAAGGGAAAGGCGAAGAGCAAGAAGCUGAGGGGGGAGAGCACAGGAGGCGAUGAGCAGGAUGGGGACGAGGAGAGUGGCGCUGAAGAGAAGCCGGUUGAGAAAUACGAGGCGUGCGACCCAGAGCUUUCGGAAAUCGUGCCCUGUCUGAGCCCCACGAUGAACAAGCGCAUGAAGCUGAAGCUCAACACGAAAUUCAUGGAGCACUACGAGCGCCACUGCCCGCCCGACAACCUCAUGCCCCACUGCCUCGUGCCACAGCCGCCAGGGUACAAGACCUCUAUCCCCUGGCCCAGAAGCAGGGACGAGGUGUGGCGCCCGAAUGUGCCCCACACGCUGCUGGCCACGGAGAAGUCGGACCAGCACUGGAUGGUGGUGGACGGCGAGAUCAUCCGAUUCCCGGGCGGCGGAACGCACUUCCCUGGGGGGGCUGACAAGUACAUUGAGCGCAUUGGCAAGAUGAUGGGGGACGAGAACGGCAACUUCUCAGUGGGCGGCAAGAUCCGGACGGUUCUGGACAUCGGGUGCGGGGUGGCGUCGUUUGGCGCGUACCUCCUAGAGCACUCGGUGCUGACCAUGUCGGUGGCGCCCAACGACGUGCACGAGAACCAGAUCCAGUUCGCCUUGGAGAGGGGGCUGCCCGCAUUUCUGGGGGUGAUGGGCACGCAGAGACUGCCCUUCCCUUCCCUCGCAUUCGACCUGGCGCACUGCUCCCGCUGCCGCAUCGACUGGCUGCAGAGAGACGGCCUUCUGUUGUUGGAGCUUGAUCGGGUGAUCAGGCCCGGGGGCUAUUGGGUGUGGUCUGCCCCGCCUGUGUACCGCGAGGACGAGGAGAACCAGAAGAUGUGGGCCGACAUGCUUGCAUUCAUGGGCCGCAUGUGCUGGAAGGUGAAGGCACAGAGCGGGCAGACGGCCAUAUUCAAGAAGCCCAAGACGAAUCUGUGCAUCAAGAAGCGGGCAGCAGACACCGAGCCCCACGUGUGCGAUGCCACCCAGGUGUCGCCCAACUCCGCCUGGUACACUCCAAUGGACGCAUGCGUCAACACUGUUCCCAAGGGCAAGAAGAGCAAGCUGAUCCAGCCGUGGCCGGAGCGGCUGGUGAGCCCGUCCCCUCGCAUCGACCUGCUAGGCCUGGCCAAGGCAGACUUUGAGGCCGACACAGCUGCAUGGGAGAAGAUAGUGGCAGACUACGACUCCCUUCUGGGCGGACAAGUUCUCAUCCGCCCCACGGACUCCACCAGCAAGGCCAAGGCGUCCAAACCCCGCUUCUCCAUCCGGAACGUGAUUGACACCAACGCGCACUUCGGGGGCUUUGCGGCGGCGCUGGCAGCGCAGGGGCAGGAGGUGUGGGUGAUGAACACAGUGCCACCACACGGGGCGGUGAACAGCGCGGGGCUGGCGAUGGUGUAUGACCGAGGCUUGAUCGGUGCUUACCACGACUGGUGUGAGCCCUUCUCAACAUAUCCUCGCACGUACGACCUCGUCCAUGCAUGGAGGGCGGUGUCCCAAGUGCUCAAGCGCAGCUGCUCCCUGGAAGCGCUCCUGCUUGAGCUAGACCGAAUCCUUCGCCCCAAGGGUCUUCUGCUCUUUCGAGACACUGCCAAUGUUAUUUCGCGCCUCGAGAAGCGGUUGAAGGCGGUCAAGUGGGUUGUAUUGAAGGGGCCUGUAUCGAGGACGUUCAUCGACGGGGAGGAGGAGCAGGUGCUGCUUGUGCAGAAGAGGUUUUGGCGGCCAAAGGUGAAGGCUGAUUUGAAGGAAAAUACCGAGGCAACUACAUCUGCGGAUGGGGAUGCUGAGGAGCGUAGGCGACUGUGAUAGCAGGAUAGCAAGUUCUCAUGAGAAUUGCUUGAGUCGUUCAUUCCAGGAUAGCUUUAGAGCGCUGAGAUUGAGCCCCUUUGAAUAGAUGCAAGGAGCUUCUGUGUUUAGACAUUGUACUUGAUCAAAAUAGUGAAUGGAGUGACUGAU